AUGUUAAAGAGUUUAACAUAUCAGGAUGCUGGAGGCAGCAACCCAUAUCCACCAAGAAAACAUAGGGCUACUAAAUCACAGCCUACAAUUCCACCAUCUACGCCUACUCAAUCCCAACCUUCUACUGCACCUCAACCCUCAAUAAGGCCACAAAAUGAAGCUUCAUCAUCAACUGUACCUGCUUCUACUGCACCUCAAGUCUCAACAGGGCCACAAACUGAAGCGGGAUCAUCUACUGCAGCUGCUGCAACAGGACGUCGUCGUGGACGUUCUCCUGGAAGAGGACAAGCUCGUAAGGUGACAGUUCCGAGAGGAAUCGGUGUGUACAUGUGCCCAUUUUCUAAUCGGGUGUUUGAAUGCUUUGGUUCCACAUCAAGAGAAGUAGGAGGUGACUCUUACAAAGGUCCAAAUUCACGCAAGUAA